CACAACAUAGACCAACCUAUAAAGUCACACACACACACUACCGGGGUCGGCUGCAUCGCAAGGUAUGACAACUGAGAGCGGGACAGCAGAGCGCCUGAGGACGUGUUGGUCCCGGUGUGUGAUUCCUUUCUGUGCCGAACAGUGCCUACCCAUCUCUUUUCCUUCCUGGCCUGCGUGUUGCGCUAGUGACAGGAUCAUGGCUGCCUUCAAGGGGAUCUGGACGCAGGAGUUUUGGCGUUGCGUCGGGGCGGAGUUUCUGGCCAUGAUGAUCUUCGUGCUCCUCAGCCUGGGUUCCACCAUCAACUGGGCGGUUGAGGAGGAGCAUCCACCCCACCCUGACCUGGUCCUCAUCUCCCUUUGCUUCGGACUCAGUAUCGCCACCCUGGUCCAGUGCUUCGGACACAUCAGCGGUGCCCAUAUUAACCCUGCGGUGACCACUGCCAUGGUGGUGACCCGGAGACUCAGCCUGGCAAAGGCUGUGUUUUACCUGCUGGCCCAGUGUCUGGGGGCCGUGGUGGGGGCGGCUGUGCUCUACGGGGUUACUCCAGGCUCCGUCAGGGGCGAGUUGGGCGUCACAUCAGUGAACACCAGUAUCUCCGUGGGUCACGCUCUGGUGAUAGAAUUCUUCAUCACCUUUGAGCUCGUCUUCACCGUGUUCGCCACCUGUGACUCCAAACGCAGCGACCUGAAGGGCUCGGCUGCCCUGGCCAUUGGCGUCUCUGUCUGCAUUGGACACCUGUUUGCUAUCCCCUUCACUGGUGCCAGUAUGAACCCCGCUCGAUCAUUUGGACCUGCCAUGGUCACCUGGAGCUGGGAGAACCACUGGGUGUACUGGGUAGGCCCAGUGCUGGGCGGUGUGACAGCCGCAACUCUGUAUGAGUACUUGUUCUGUCCCGACCCUGAGCUGAAGAGACGUUAUACUGAGGUCCUUUCCAAGACUGGCUUCACCUCCACCAAAUAUCGAGAGGUCCAGAGCAGCUUAAGGGUAGACCGUGACCAACUGGCCAAAGAACACCCCUUCACCGUGAUGAAUGUGGAGAGAGCUGAACAGAAGGAGAGGGAGAGGGAGACGUCAGGGGAGGUGCUCUCCUCUGUAUGACUAGUGAGGUGCACUGGGAGAAAAGACCAGACCACUGUACAGUCCCUUAACCCAUACCCUCCCCUCAAAGAGACUGACCUCUUAUAGAGACUAAUCUCUGCUGGACUGACAUCUCUAAUGCUGACCGACCUAAAGACUUUCUCUUAUGACUGACUUGACCUCUUAUGGAGACUGACUUGCUAUGCAAACUGACAGUCAAAGACUGUAGACUGACUAUAGGCACAACGAUAGACUUGCCUUCUGUAGAGAUAUAGACAGACUUAACACAUACAGCAUACUUUAUAUGUAGACACUUGCAAUAUAGACACAAACACAGACCAACCCCUAGUGUACGUGUUCAAAUCUGCACCCUUUCAACUGGGUGCUCCUCUCUUUCUCUUCUUAUCCUUUAUGGCCUGAAUGAUCUAUAUGAUCUAUAUGAGAUGUUUCUUUAAUAGCUAAAAUAUAUACAAUACAAUUUAUGAGUUUAUAUGUAUGUAAAAGUGUUGCUUUCAUCACUCGCCUCACCCCAACCUGGGCUUGAACCAGGGACUCUCUGAACACAUUGAUGACAGUCACCUUAGAAACAUCACGAUCUACAGUUGAAGUCAGAACUUUACAUACACUUUGGAUGGAGCCAUUAGAACUCGUUUUUCAACCACUCCACUAAUUUCUUGUUAACAUACUAUAGUUUUGCCAAGUCGGUUAUGACAUCUACUUUGUGCAUGAUACAAGUAAUUUUUCCAACAAUUGUUUACAGUCAGAUUAUUUAACUUAUAAUUCACUGUAUCCCAAUUUCAGUGGGUCAGAAGUUUACAUACACUGAGUUGACUGUGCUUUUAAACAGCUUGGAAAAUUCCAGAAAAUGUUGUCAUGGCUUUAGAAGCCUCUGAUAGGCUAAUUGACAUAAUUUGAGUCAAUUGGAGGUGUACCUGUGGAUGUUAUUUCAAGGCCUACCUUCAAACUCAGUGCCUCUUUGCUUGACAUCAUGGGAAAAUCAAAAUAAAUUAGCCAAGACCUCAGAAAAAAUAUUUUAGACCUCUAGAAGACUGGUUCAUCAUUGGGAGCAAUUUCCAAAAGCCUGAAGGUACCACGUUCAUCUGUACAAGCAAUAGUAUGCAAGUAUAAACACCAUGGGACCACACAGCCGUCAUAUCGCUCAGGAACGAGACGCGUUCUGUCUCCUAGAGAUGAACGUAGUUUGGUGCAAAAACUCUCAAGACAUCAGUCAGGAAGUUAAAGCUUGGUCACAAAUGGGUCUUCCAAAUGGACAAUGACCCCAAGCAUACUUCUAAAGUUGUGGCAAAAUGGCCUAAGGACAAUAAAGUCAAGGUAUUGGAGUGGCCAUCACAAAGCCCUGACCUCACUCCUAUAGAUAAUUUGUGGGUAAAACUGAAAAAGCCUGUGUGAGUAAGGAGGCCUACUACAAGCCUUACUCAGUUACACCAGCUCUGCCAUGAGGAAUGGGACAAAAUUCACUCAACUUAUUGUGGGAAGCCUGUGGAAUGCUACCCGUAACGUUUGACCCAAGUUAAACAAUUUAAAGGUAAUGCUACCAAAUACUAAUUGAGUGUAUGUAAACUUCUUACCCACUGGGAAAGUGAUGAAAGAAAUAAACGCUGAAAUAAAUCAUUCUCUCUACUAUUAUUCUGACAUUUCACAUUCUUAAACACUUCUUAGGGCUGCAGUCCCGUUAACGGGAUCGAUAUGACAACAGCCAGUGAAAGUGCAGGGCGCCAAAUUCAAAACAACAGAAAUCUCAUAAUUAAAAUUCCUCAGACAUACGUGUACCUUAUACCGUUUUAAAGGUAGUCUUGUUGUUAAUCCCACCACAGUGUCCGAUUUCAAAUAGGCUUUACAUCGAAAUCACCACAAAUGAUUGUUAGGUCACCACCAACUUACAGAAAAAUUCUGACAUUUUUCCAGCCAAAGAGAGGAGUCACAAAAAGCACAAAUAGAGAUAAAAUGAAUCACUAACCUUUGAUGAUCUUCAUCAGAUGACACUCAUAGGACUUCAUGUUACAUAAUACAUGUAUGUUUUGUUUGAUAAAGUUCAUAUUGAUAUUUAAAAAAUCUCAGUAUACAUUGACGCGUUGCGUCCACUAGUUCCAAAAACAUCCGGUGAUAUUGCAGAGAGCCACAUCAUUUUACAGAAAUACUCAUUAUAAAUGUCGAUAAAUACAAUUUUUAGACAUGGAAAUAUAGAUAUACCUCUCCUUAAUGCAACCGCUAUGUCAGAUUUUUAAAAAACUUUACGGAAAAAGCAAACUAUGCAAUAAUCUGAGACGGCAAUCAAAAGAAAAAAAAUGUAUCCUCCAUGUUGGAGUCAACAGAAAUCAAAAAUAACACUAUAAAUAUCCCUUUACCUUUGAUGAUCUUCAUCAGAAUGCACUCUCAGGAAUCCUAGUUCCACAAUAAAUGUUUUUUUCGUUCGAUAAUGUCCAUUAUUUAUUUCCAAGUAGCUACUUUUGUUAGUGCGUUCGGUACACAAAUCCGAAUGCUCGUGCAGGUCCAGCCGGACAUCGGACAAAAACUUCAAAACGUUAUGUUACAGGUCGAAGAAACUUAUUAAACUAAGCAUAGAAUCAAUCUUCAGGAUGGUGUUAUCAUAAAUCUUCAAUAACGUUCCAACCGGAGAAUUCCAUUGUCUAUAGAAAUACCAUGGAAAGCAAGGUCGCUAUCAUGUGAAAUGCGCGUGACCAGGACCUGGCUCUCUGCCAGACCACUGACUCAAAGAGCUCUCAUCCUGCCCCACAAUACAGUAGAAGCCUAAUUCUAGUUUCUAGAGACGGUUGAUAUCUAGUGGAAGCCUUAGGAAGUGCAACAUAACCAAUAUCCCACUGUGUAUUCAAUAGGGCUGGGUUGAAAACCGACCAACCUCAGAUUUCCCACUUCCUGUUUGGAUUUCUUCCCAGGUUUUGCCUGCCAUUUUAUUUCUGUUAUACUCACAGACAUAAUUCAAACAGUUUUAGAUACUUCAGAGUGUUUUCUAUCCAAUACUAAUAAUAGCAUGCAUAUGUUAGCAACUAGGACUGAGGAGCAGGCAGUUUACUCUGGGGACCUCUGGGCACAUUUCAUCCAAGCUUCUCAAUACUGCCCCUGCAGCCAUAAGAAGUUCAUUAAAAUAAAGUGGUGAUCCUAACUGACCUAAAACAGGGAAUUUUUACUUGGAUUAAAUGUCAGGAAUUGUGAAAAACUGAGUUUAAAUGUAUUUGGCUAAGCUGUAUGUAAACUUCCGACUUUAACUGUAUCACUCCACAAAAGCCACAGUCCUUGCAGAGCAAGGGGAACAACUACUUCAAGGUCUCAGAGCAAGUGAUGUCAUCGAUUGAAAUGCCACUAGCGCGCACCACUAACUAGCUAGCCAAUUCACACUGCUUACAUGCGUGUAUAAGAUGUGGCAGGGAUAAACAAUGUUCAUGAAUAAAGAUUACUGGAGGUGGGUUGGACAGAUUUAUUCUACUUUUACUGUAUUCAUUUUUACUCUUUUACUGUCUCCCUUCCUUACGAUUUUUGCUUUUGUUAAUAUGUCCUCCCCUCCUAUCCCUCUCAUAUUUUGGGCUCGAUUCAAUCCGUGGCGCAAAGAGCUGCGCUACAGGGCAUAGGAAUUUAAAGGCAAUUUUCCCACGUUAGUGGAGACUGCAUAUCUGAGCUGGAUGGGAAAUUACCUUUAAAUUGCAAUCACGCUUCAGCGAUAUGAAAAAUUCAAGCCCUUUAAUCACAGACACACACACUUACAUACACUCACAGACUGAUCUUCCUUUGUUUAAGGUAAGUCCUAUAAUCUAUAGAGGGAUUGUAUAAAAAGCAGAUAAUGUAGCCUGUUUCAUGUUGUUUUUCUACUGUUAAUAUGUUGGACAUAUCUCUUGAAUUCAAUAUCAAUUGUCUCUCCACUGAGCUGUGCUGCAGUAUACUUAGGUACAUCAUAACUAAUAAAGUUAAACCGAUGGAUUGGUUGAUAAAUUGA